AUGAUCGAAGUAGAGGUCAAUGAUAGACUGGGUAAGAAGAUUAGAGUCAAAUGUAUGAGUGAGGAUCUCGUUGGCGAUUUCAAGAAAGUCUUGGCGCUUCAAUUGGGCGUCACAUGGAACAAGAUUGUGCUGCAGAAGGGGGGCUCUGUCUUGAAAGAUCACAUUAGUUUAGAAGAUUAUGAGGUCCACGAUGGGACCUAUCUUGAACUAUAUUACCUGUGA